UCCGCAGGAGGGAUGUUGCAUCGCGGCGCGAGCCACCUCACGAUCGAGAUGUCAAAAAUUUGAAAAUCGAGCGUCAAAAAUGAAAGAGCUCGGACGGAACGUAGCACUGACAGCUUUAUCGCGCUCCGCGUUAUAACGUACAGACUAAUUGAGUGUUGUGUUAGUUUUAUUUAGUGUUUGGAUUUAAAAAAAAAAGUUACGGUUAAAUUGCCUGUAAUUUACUGUUGAGUGUGUGUGGUGAUGUGAGGGCUGUGAGCCGCUGGUGGCGCGAUUCCACCCGCCAGUAUAACCUUGACACGUUUUCCCGCGCUGCCGCCGCACACAACCUUGUUUUCCGUUGCACUCUCUCUUGCCACUUGCCGCAAAAGCGAGUGCUCCUCUAAUAAUCAGCGACAGUAAAAGUAGUGAAAACCUCAGUGAAAUAACUGUGCAGAAACUCCAAGUUCAACGUAGUAAAUGAUAAUUAGCAAUGCUAGCGAGAUUAGUCUUCAAGUUUAAUGAGAUAGGUCAUAAUGAAUAACGUUAACGAGUUUAGAACGAUAUUAACUUUUAGGUGCUUAGUGUUAUAAUCCGAAAAAUUAGGAAGUUUAUAAAAUGAUGCCCUUGUGACCGCAACGAAUGACGAGACUCGCUAUCAAGAUGAGAAAUUUAAAAGGUUCCGGCACGGCCUUAGGGAUCGGAAUUUUCAUCGUCACAUUUAUCUCAAUGACGGAUUGUGACGUCGUGACGGAUGCCCCAACAGACAAGACGGCAUACCAGAGAGACGCGUCCUAUUUAUUAGAUAAAGUGACGAAACUAAACGAAAUCCCUGAACCGGAGUCUCUGCCAGUACUUCACGGGAACGACACUAGAUGUCGCAUAUCCGAGUACCUGUGUCUGAAUAAAAAAUGUAUUCCGAUAAAUCGAUUUUGCGAUGGCAGCAACGACUGCGGAGAUUCGUCUGACGAGCCGAGACAUUGUACACGAUGCAACAAAACGUACUAUGGCGACAUCGGGCGAACGUAUGAGUUGGAGCUGCAUCGUCCUCGAGAAGACCUGGUGCCAUACGUGUGCCUCCUGACUAUCACUGCCGCUGGAGGCAUCCAUGGGGAUUUAGUGCAGGUCCUGUUCGACAGCUUCACGCUCGGCCGCUUCACAUCAUUUACCGAAGAUGGCUGCCCUGACGGUUACAUGCAGAUCCAAGAAGCCUCCAGACCUCAAGUCGGCGGUUCCUGGUGUGGCACCUCCUGGGGUCCUUCUAUAUACUACAGCGAAACCAAAUCCAUCACGCUCAUCAUACGACUGCUGCAUCUAUCAAAAGAAGCGAACAAUUACAACUUCGAUUUCCGAAUGGCUUACAAGGUGCUUAGAAGGGAACACGCUACGGUUCGAUAUGGAGGAACUCCGCCGUCAGAGCGUCCUUUUUUCAAGAUGAGGCCUGUGCCGUAUCCCGUAAACAUAUCACGAGGGGAAGAUACGAAUGUCGCGAAAACAAAAACAGAGUAUUACCUCGGGGAUUUGAUCUCCGGAACUUACUGCUCAAGAAUCUUCAGCGAUUGCGAUCGCAAAAACUGUCGCUUGCAGUCGCCGAAUUACCCCGGCGUAUAUCCCAGAAACUUGACCUGCUACUACGCUGUUAGACAACAUGAAGUACCCCAAGGAAAACAUGCUUUGAUCGUUGUAAAGCAACCGAAUGGACAGCUAAUAUCGAUAAGAAGUCAGAAAGCAUUGUACGCCGCGGCGCAACAAGACCGGGAAAAUAACGGUCGAGAACUGAAAUUCUGGCAACAAUGCGACGAAGUGCAAGACUAUGUAACCGUGUACGACGGAUACACGACUCGAGACCCAGUUAUUCUGAGGUUUUGCGGUGGCGGUGUGUCAGUUCCAGAAGCGAUAUCGAGUGGCCCUGAACUAUUGGUGGAAUUCACGACGUCGCCUUUCGGAACAUUUUUGCAGCCAGCAACUUUACAAUCGCUUCAUGGAUUUCAGUUGGAAGUCGAGGUCAGGUUUGUCGAUCAGCAGUCGCCUACAUAUGCCAAGAACAAAAGGGCCUGUGAAUUUUGGAUUAGAGGGACCGGAAGAGGUGUGUUGGAGCACCCACAACAUUCUUUACCACCAAACACAACAUGUCUCUAUCACAUGCAAGGGAUCGAUACCUCAGGGCCCUCGGGCAGGAACAUAAUCUACAGAAGGCCCUCAUUUUCGGCUCCACGGUUCAGGGUGUGGUUCUCAGUAUUGAAAUUUUAUGUGACCAAUGCGCUCAACCCCAACUUACCAGAGGAUGAGUAUUGUGGAAGCCAUUUGAAUAUAUGGGAUGGCCCGAUGCGGAUAUCGCCUGGAUGCAGCGAUAUAUUUUGCGAUAAAGACCGUUCAGUGCAGAUGUCUAGAGCAACAUCACCACAAACAGUGACCGUGGGUCGUCCACCAACCAAUGCCACGCUGGUAGCACGAUUCUGCCGAGAACGUGCCCCAAGGACCUGCGAACACGCUUUACUUAGAAGGUCAAGAGCCUGUGCAAGGACUGAAAGUUUCCUAUCUAAGGGGGACUCAUUGACGCUAGAACUGAAGCUAACACAAGGGACCGCUCUCAAGCCAGUAUUCUUCAAAGCCUUGUAUGAGUUCGUGGAUCUGCACCAAGAUGGAGAACAAUGGGGCCGAGGACCAUGUUCUAGGAGAUUCGCUUCCCGUUCCUUCCCUGAAGCUCCACCUGAUCCACCAGUGACCUUCUCUUCGCCAAGAGACGUUUUUCUCUAUGGAAGGGGUGGUUCGAGAAAUAUAAGUUGUACCUAUCGCUUCGAAGCCAACCCUGGUGAAGUGGUCCGGCUCCGAGUGUGGGGUAUCAGAAGCGGUGGUCGCCUGUGUCGGUCGGUACAUUCUGCUCACUCCAGUUGGUAUCGCUGUGCUGGUGACCCUACUGCUGCUGUGAGGAUCUUCGAUCGCCCCUGGAAGGAUAUUGGUUCUGGAGUGCCAAGGGACUGUUUGUGCAGUGACGUUGGCGACUACGAGUUCACAUCAAACGGCACAGUAGCUGAGUUGAAGUUCGAUGUGGUGAACAUGUCAGCAACUGACGACUUCCGGUCAUUUGGCUUCGAAGCAUCCGUAGAGUUCGUCAGAUUGACAUUAGAAUGCGAGAGUUCACACAAAGUGUAUGGUGCUAGUGGAGACUUGAGGCUGGCUUCUAUGGCACCUUUAUCUGAUGCGGAACGCUGCGAGCGUCGUCCAUGGCUCAUUGACCCAUCACCAGGGAGAUAUCUCUACCUCCAGAUUCGAGGAAGCAUCAUCAAAGAACCUGAGCUUGACAACUUCACGCUGCUGAACAACAUCACAGUAGCUCCCGACCUUAGACAUUUAUGCAGAACUCCUAAUCGAAUAGCAGUGUAUGCUGGAGGCCUAGCGCCGAUAUUCAUAUGCCCGGAUCCUCCUGAUGAACAGUAUGAUGACGUAGUGGAAAUAUUUUCCGACGGAUGGUCCAAGGAGGUAGAUCCCCUAGCGCGUCACGUCUUAGCACCCCCACCUUCACCAGAUAGGUUCGACCUGGACUGGCCAAGGUCUCUCUCCGUCGAGCUCAUAGCCUACGAGAGUGCAUCUUACUUCGUCACGUGGUUGGAACUUUCUAGAAGAUAUGCAAGCACAAGAGGCGGCGUAUACGCAUUGUCGGGAGAAUGCGAGUACCGUUGCGAGUCUUUGGACGCUUGCAUCGAGCCAGCGUUGUGGUGUGACGGUAUUGCGCAGUGUCCACACGGAGAAGAUGAGAGACUGUCGCAGUGCUCAGCAUUGCUGCGUGUGCCUGCGCAGUACGCUGCUGCGCUGCUUGCAUUCAGUGUGCUCACCGCAUUCGCCAUGAUAGCGGUGAUGCGUUCCUGCCGCAGACGGCGCUCAGCGCUGCAGCAGCGGCUCAAGAGCUUAUCCUCAGAUACCGCGAUCUUCGACGAAAAGGAGGUGAUUUGCUGACCAAGCGAGGACUCCGUACGAUAUGUGGAAGUCGAUCGCGUCACCACAGUGUGACCGCCUUCCCGUGCGGAGUCCAAAAUAUACUCACAUGUUAUGUCUACUGUUGCAAUGAUAAUAGCCAGUAAUUGGCUGAUGUAAAAGGACUCGAAUUAAGGUGGACGUGUCGCCAUGCGGCAACCCUCUCCUGCAAUGUUAUUCCCCUUCCAUCAUCGUGCUCGAGUGCUACUUAAAUUUUAAAGUGAGUUCUUGAAAUCAUUUGUUUUUGUUUAACAUUAACAUUUUUGUUAGAUUACAGGCUAUUGCACUAAACGUUUAUUUCUAUAGUUCUUUCGAGUAUAUCACUAUUAAGUUUGAUUACUAUAGAAGCUUUGUGAUUGGUGACUAUCUAGUUUAUAGACUGGAAUUCAGCAUUUGGAUGUCGCUGUAUGAUUAACUAAAGAUGCAAAAUCUUCAUAGUUUAAGAAGCAUUCGAGUAACAUAUUGAAGAUUUGAUAUUGAUGAUAUAUGAGUCUGACUUCAUGAGCGAUUUCAUUAAAGUAUGAUAUUUAAAACUGCCAGUCAGUCCUUUAAAAUUCGAAAGUUAAGAGUUGGUAGUGUUCAAUAUUUCCAUAUUUAGAGCAACGGCUCUGCUAUAUAGUCUGAUGAUCGAGGAGUAAUUCGCUGUAAAUGCAAUUUUAAAAUUGUCCUUUUGAUGACGAAUUGUAGGGAAUACGGGUUACUCAAAUGUUGAAUUUAGAUGAAUUAUGUAAAUAUGAAUAUUGAUAAAUGAAAUAUAGCUACGUACGGAAAUGUUUAACGGGAAAUUUAGACAUUUUGGACCAAGUGCAGUCGAUCGGUACCUUGCCAAAGAGUAGCCACUCUCGCCUGUAGUAUUUACAUCUUUGAAUGAAAAGUAAGUACCUUAAUAAUGCUUAAUUGUAGUUAUUUUUUAUAAGUCUGGCUUGUCCAAUUCAUUUUACAAGAUUUGGUUUUCAGAGCGGCACCAAAUUGCCUGUGUAAUCAAAUCACGAUGAGUACAAUGUAAGGGUAUGUUUUUCGUGUUCAACCGAUCGACUCCAGACACAAUUUGAGUUACGAGAUUGUGAUUAAAAACGUGUAAAUAAAUAACAUUUUGUAGUGUCUCCUACUCAAGGUUCGUUAUUGUAUAAAUCGAGUAGAUAGCAUAGUCUAGCGGGAAUAUCGAUACGGCAAUAAUUUUAUUUAAAUUGUUUAACAUAAUCGAGACAACCUGUGUUCUAAAUGUUACUCUAAAUUCGUAUACGUGAUAUGAAACUGCCAUAUUGUAAGAUGUUCAUUGUUCAAUUAUCGAUAUAAGCAGGUGUAAAGUCCCAUAGAUGUUACAUUUGUUUUUUUAAUAUAAAAUUUAGAUUUUUGCGGUUUAUUCAGACGCUUAGUGAACUCAUUUUUACGAAAUAUUUGUAAAUUAAAGACGGUUUGGACUUGAUUUUAAUUUGUCAAUAGAUUAAUAUUUACAAAAAAAAUAUAGGUAGGUACCUACUAAAACCGACCAUCAAGGAAAUAUUAUUAUUUGGAAAUAAGUAAAUUAUUCGACAGUCAGUGUGUCAUCACUCAUCACAGACGUCCAAAAUGAUUGCUCUUCUUGUAUCGUGUUUAUUCUAGUUUGACGCUUUCCUUUUCUAUAUAUUAUUAAAAAAAUAUAAAAAGUUGGUAACGAAAACUGGAAUUUUAUAAAAAAAUAUAUUCAGUAAACAAAUAAAACAGUUAAGCAGACCCAUAGAACUAAGAUAAUAAGGUAUUUUUUGUGACUACUCAUAACUAUGUAGUAUGACUGACGGUUGCUAGCGUAUGCUCUGACCAAUGAUAUUACAAUACUUUACCAUGCUGCUCGAUCUACUGCGAUGAAUAUCUGUUUCUACUUAUAAUAACCAGAUUAAAAGAAUUACAUCAAUGCUGCGGGAAUAAAGUCUAGGUUAUUCAUUUUGGACGCCUGACGGUUGAACACUUUAUAAAAAGCAGAGGUGAAUUUUCAAAUUAAAAAAGGUAAAAUGUUCAUAAAGUAUCCUAAUCGAUUAAGUGCGUUGUAAAUAAAACUAUUCAUAUCCUAGAAUCGUAUUAAAGUGAUAAUGUUUGUUUCCCAAGGAAAUUAUUAAAGUUUAUAAUAUCGCGUUAACUACUAGUGGACAUUGUAGACGAAGCUAUUCUGUUUUGUAUGAGAACAGCCGGAAUAAAAUUAUUCUAAAUUCAAAAUAAAAAAUAAUCAUAAAAGAACGCUCAUGACUUUUUCUUUUUCAACUUCAAAAAUAAUUCAUUUUUAUUAGGUACUCAGGCUUUUAGUCCUUUUUAUUACUUUUAGAUUAUAUUUGUUCUUGUGUGUUUGUUCUUAAGUUUGCAUUAAGCCCGUUGUUCUCAUAUAGAUUAUGCUAGAUCUAAUCUAGAGAUUCCAAAGUUUGAAUUUUUAGAUAGGAACUGUAAAGAAACAAACUUAUUUAUUAAUUGACUAAUUCUAAAUAAUUCUUUCUUCACUUAUCAGUUACGAGAAAUUAUGUUCAAUUGUUUGAGGUUGGAGUGUGUUUGAAUUCUUAUUCACUUUUUGAAUCCUGACUCGUUUUAUGUCAUCGAAGUUAGAAUAAGAAAUUCAACUACUAAACACUCCAAUAAUUGCUUUUCAUGUGGAUAUGGUAUCUACAUAAUGUAUUUAGUGAAAUUGUAAAGGUUUUAGUGACAUCGGAAUAGAAACGUUGUAACGUCUUCCAUAAUGUAUGAUUCCGGAUUUAAUUUCCCGUGUUGCGCCAUAUCAUACAGUCCGGGGAAGCAGAAACUAAACAGGUGUUAUCCUGGCAGACAAUAAUGAUGGAUAAUAGCAGAGAUACCUAAUUUCACAUUCAAGACAAAGAUUACGAAGAGUUAUGAUGAUAAUAAGAAGUUUUUAAAAAUAAAAUU